UGGUUAACACUCUAAAAAGUUAAUCUUCACUCCAAAGAAACUUCUAGGGUUUCCGCAGAGGCUUAUAAAUUGUUGCUUUGCUUCCGAAGAUUAGCUGAAAUCACUUGCGCCCGGCAUCUUCGAUCUCUCGCUCUGUUCUUCUCCUCGGGCACAAAUGGCGACUGUUCCAGGACCCUUGAUUUGGGAGAUCGUGAAGAAGAACAAUUCCUUUCUGGUCAAAGAGUUCGGCAAUGGCACCGCUAGCGUUCAGUUCAGCAAGGAGCCCAACAAUCUCUACAACCUCAACUCCUACAAGCAUUCAGGGUUAGCGAACCACAAAACUGUGACGAUUCAGGCUGGAAAGGAUUCGUCGGUUGCGUUUGCGACGACCAAGACGAAGAAGCAGAACAGGCCUGCAAGUUUGCUACACAAGUCGGCCUUGAAGAAGGAAUUCCCUCGGAUGGCCAAGGCCGUUAAGAAUCAGGUUGGUGAGAACUAUUACAGGCCAGAUUUGAAGAAUGCAGCUCUGGCAAGGCUCAGUGCCGUUAACAGGAGUCUUAAGGUUGCCAAAUCUGGUGUGAAGAAGAGAAAUAGACAAGCCUAAACAUGAGUGGAUGUCAUGUUUAGUUCCUCAUUUGUUUUCCUUUCUGUGGUGUGUUGAGAUAAUUAUUCUGUUCUGUAGCAAAUUAGUCAAAAAAAGAGUUUUGUUUUUAUUCGUAGCAGGGUGCCAUUUACUUUUCCAUUUAUUUGUCAAAGGGUGAACUUAAAUUUCGACUUGGCAAUAAAAUUUGUUUUGCGCUUUUGGCAGUUUCUGUA